AUGUUACAUUUGUAGUUUGGAGCCGAGUUUCGUCGGUUUUCGCUGGAAAGAUCCAAACCUGGGAAAUUUGAGGAGUUUUAUGGGUUGCUGCAGCAUGUGCACAAGAUCCCCAAUGUUGACGUGCUAGUGGGCUACGCGGACAUCCACGGGGACCUGCUGCCCAUAAACAAUGAUGACAACUACCACAAGGCCGUUUCCACCGCCAACCCACUGCUCAGGAUUUUUAUACAGAAGAAGGAAGAAGCUGACUACAGUGCCUUUGGUACGGACACCCUGAUCCGGAAGAAGAACGUGCUGAGCAACGUGCUACGUCCUGACAACCAUAGGAAGAAGCCCCACAUCGUCAUCAGCAUGCCCCAGGACUUCCGGCCGGUGUCAUCCAUCAUAGAUGUGGACAUCCUCCCGGAGACCCACCGGAGGGUCCGGCUGUACAAGUAUGGCACGGAGAAGCCCCUGGGUUUCUACAUCCGUGACGGUUCCAGUGUCCGCGUGACACCGCAUGGCUUAGAGAAAGUCCCCGGGAUCUUCAUAUCCAGGCUCGUCCCCGGGGGUCUGGCCCAGAGCACAGGACUGCUCGCUGUCAAUGAUGAAGUUUUAGAAGUAAACGGUAUAGAGGUGUCCGGGAAGAGCCUGGACCAGGUGACCGACAUGAUGAUAGCCAACAGCCGCAACCUCAUCAUCACUGUGCGGCCAGCCAACCAGAGGAACAACGUGGUGAGGAACAGUCGGACUUCUGGCAGCUCCAGCCAGUCUACCGACAACAGCCUCCUGGGCUACCCGCAGCAGGCGGAAGCCAGCUUUGAGCCAGAGGACCAGGACAGCGAUGAGGACGACAUCAUCAUUGAAGACAGUGGCGAGCCACAGCAGAUCCCCAAGGCCGCCCCUGAUGCCCAGAGCCUGGAGUCCCUGACCCAGAUCGAGCUCAGCUUUGAGUCAGGGCAGAACGGGUUCUCCCCGACACAGGACCCAGUGCCUGUGCCCAGCAGCCUGGACACAGAGUUUGAACCCCGUGCUCCGAACCAGAGACUCUUAGAGGAAGACGGCACGAUCAUAACAUUGUGAACCUGCCACGCGUGUUUUUCAAGUGCUACAGCUGUGGCACGAGACUGGCGCUGUGGACCUCCGGGCCUCGGUGUUCCGUGGGCAAGCCUAAAGCGUGGCUGGGAUGGGCGGCUGCUGGCGGACUGAUGGUGCAGGUCAGAGGCCUGGCUGCAGGGGUGGUGCUGCUCUCUGCAACACUGGAUGCUGCUUCCGCCUGCAGCCCUGCUGCAGUGCUGUCUCCACCUGCCCUGCAGAGCCGAUCGUUUGUCCUCUGUGAUGUCUGAUGUCUGCUUGGUCCACUGGGAACCUCAGUUCUUGGAUUCCCAACCUUGAUGUAUUCUGACCCUUAAAAAUGUUCCUCUGUUGGUUGUGACAUUUUUUUCAAGUGCAGUUUUCAUUCUGUUUUCCUAAGACUUUAGCUGGCCAUGUUUAGGGGUGCUUCCCACCACCCUGCCCUGGAGUACCCCCUGUUGUUGUCUCCACCCUGUAGCUUCAGAAUUGCAGGGUGCCUCAGUCCUCCUGACUGCCCUUUAACCUCUUGACCCCCAGUGGAACCCCAGUCCAUUGGAGAUUGUUCUCGUGUGUGCGUGUGUGUGUGUGUGGUUAGUGUGCUCCACACUCUUCCAGUGUACCAGGCAGUGUGGAUCAUGUUGGAUAAAAGGACCCCAAGUUUAAAAGACUUAACACACAGGACAAGCGUGCACUUUUUAUACAAAAGAUGGAGUUUUUCUUCCUGGGGAUUCUAGGGCGCUGCCGGCACUUCGGGAAGCCUGUGUCACGUUCACCACCCGAAGGGGUGUUAAUUGUCUGAGUUAUUUAUUCUCUUCUGUGCAUCCAUUCAGGAGAAGGGGACAGCAGUUGUCCUCCCUCGCCUGAGGCCCUCAGUGGCAUGCACAGGCACCGUGAUCCACAUGUGUGGAUCCCCGAAGCUGACAGUUAUUUAUUACCUAACCGUCUGGCGGGGCAUGUAUGCACGCCUCCCAGUUGUGUUCUUACUACAACAGCGAAGACUCCGACUGAAGGACGCUCUUUCUCUGUGGUGAGAGCCGCGGAGUUGAAGUCUCACCCAGUGAAGGGAGCUGGACUCAAUACUGACCGCAUUCUUUGCAGGCACCUAGCUGAGGCUGGGCGUGGCAACCCUGUGACUUUGUUGCAUUCACCGAGUUCUUCCUCUCACACAGCACCAGUUGCUGGCUGUGUCCAGCUCUGACACCGUGAGUGAGUGAGUUCGCACAGUGUGGCUCUCGGGCAGAAGGUAACAUUAGGUUUGGAAGGCUCAGUUGUAUUCAUGAGCUAAGUAGCACAUGGGCUCAACGUUGUAAGUCCAAAUACUUCCACAUACUACCUCUCUCUUCUCUCUCUCUAUCUUUUUUUUUUUUUUUUAAACAGAGUUUUAACAUUAGAACUUUCUCUUGGGGAAAACACUUCAGGGCUUGACUUUUGUACAGAUUUUAACUGUAAAACACAGAUUUAUCUUCUGUCUGAAAAUGGCGAUCAAAGCUGCUGACGCUUCUUUUAAUUUGGAGGACAGUAGAGUUUGCACCAAGGUCUUACUGAAAUAAGUGACCCAGAGACGUCCUGUGAGGCCAACGAGCCUUGGUUGUGGGGGGUCCCAUCCCGCUGGCUCGGUUCUCAAUGCACCUUACGAAGCUUAGCGGCUUGGCAUGUGGUUCUGUUGUUGCGAACGUCGAGCCUCACUGUGAAUUCUGUUCUGCCCUCAGCUGUGUCAACAAGAUGCCGUGCUGUUGUGAACCAUGAAUUUUCUAAUUAAAUUUUACAUGCUAUAACAUGAUUUUUACAUGAAUGAUACUUUGUUUAAACUAUCAAAUGUCAGUAUUUUACUACAAUUUUAUUAUAAAAUGUACAUUAUCACUAAAUGAACUUUGAUUUUAAAAAUCAAGUUAGCUUUAGUUACAUAUUAUUUUUUACAAAUAAAGACGGACUUGUGUAAAGGCUA